AUGGGUGAACAAGAACGAAAAGAAAAGACGGUGUACGUGUUCCCCCCUCCGGGGCAGCCAUUCGACCCGAACUGCGUGCGCCUGGUGACCCGAGGCCGAGACCCGGCCACCACGGUCGCAUGCAUGCUGGGAUUCUUCAAACUCGUAUGCGAGGACGGAUACAAACAAAUGGUCCGUGCCAGCGAAGUCGACGGUGUCUGGCUAAACGAUCUGCACGUGAGCGGUGUCUUCGUGCGCCGCGAGCUACGCUCUUUGUGUGCCGACUCCGAGCCCGCGGCCACCAUGGACGACUUCUACGUGCUCCUGAGUGUGCUGCUGUGCAACCUACCGCGUGCCCGGGGCUCCAACCUGAACCGCGACUGGUUCGAGAACCGGGUCAACGACCUCGUCGAGCUCUUCCCGGGAGUCUCGGAGCCCCCUCCCGUGCCCCUGUAUGGCGAGGAGCAAGCGGACGCCAUCUCCAACUUCGGCGACAAGUGGCGCCACACCAGGGCGGCCCUCUGCCGUGCCCUGCUGAGGAGCCGCUUCGAGGGCCCCAUGCGACAGGUACAGGAGUACGUGUCCGCGGGCUGGCGCUUCGCUGGCAUGAAGCAUGUGCAGCUGAUCCUGGAGUUCCUCAUUGGCUGCAACUCUUGGGUCUUGGACAUCAUCCCAGAGCUGCGUGCCAAGGGUGACCAACUCCAGGCGUUCCUGAAGGCGUACCAGCGGUUGGGUGCAGACGGCCCCUACAUGAAGCUGCUGCACCUUCCCGAGGUGGCCACAGCCAGUCGCAAGCGCCUGGGCCUGCACGUGGCGGCCGCGUACGCCUUCGCCGUGCUGGAGGAUGACAACUGGCUCCAGUACAGGGGUGUGCCCCGGGACGAGGCCGAGGAGGCGGUGCUGGCCAAGAUCACGGCCAUCAAGCGCAUGGGCCUCGGCGCGCCCCCAAGGAGCGGUCCGUCUGCCGUCUCCCCUAGGGACGGCGACGACGACGACGAUACGAGGGGCGUGGACGUCGCCGCAGCGGGCGAGCCCGCCGCCCACGCGUCGGCGACAGCGCCAUAG